AUGGACGGCCACGCAACGUGCGUGAAAGAGAUGGAAUCCAUGCCCGGCCUGGCACUGACCGACCUCUGGGAAACCGACAGCGCGCCAGCGAACAACGCUGGCAAUCACGACCCGGCAGACCGCCCGGUGAAGCUUGAGCCGCCCAAGGGCGGCAGCAUUUUGCGCAUCGUCGAGUUUCCGCCAGACAAGGUGUGGCGCAACAACGCCGACGCAGCGGCAGCUUUCACGUCCAUCGGCGCGGGGCAUGCGAAGGACAAAAGCAACAGCGACCCGAUGAUGCACACCACCCUGACGGUGGACUACAUCAUCGUGCUCAAGGGCGAAAUCUUCGCCAUCAUGGACGAAGGCGAAAAGCUGCUCAAACAGGGCGACAUCCUUAUACAGCGAGGCACACGCCACUCAUGGAGCGUGCGCGGUGACGAGCCCUGCAUCGUUGCGGCCAUUCUGACCAGCCAUAACUUCUACAACAGAGACAAGAGAAAAGCCAUGAAACGCAGAAACAUCCUUCUUUCAACAAUCGCAAGCGCGGCCGCACUGGCCACAGCCAUAGGCGCCAGCCCGGCCUUCGCACAGACCGCAGCCUGGCCCAGCAAGCCGGUACGGCUGGUCGUCCCCUUCCCUGCCGGUACCUCACCCGACACGACGGCGCGCCUGGUGGGCGACAAGCUGUCGCAGAUGUGGGGCCAGCCGGUGCUGGUCGACAACCGCGCCGGUGCGGCCGGCGGCAUAGGUGCAGAGAACGUCAAGCAAAGCCCGGCUGACGGCCACACGGUGCUGUUCACGGUGUCGUCCGUCAUCACCAUCAACCCGCAUGUCUAUGCCACGCUGCGUUACAACCCCCUCACCGAUUUCACGGGUGUAGCGACGGUGGCCAUCAUUCCUUAUGUACUGAUUGCUACGCCGGCAGCGCCAUUCAACAACCUGGCAGAACUGGCACAGGCCGCCAAACAAAAACCGGGUGGCAUCGACUACGCGUCAUAUGGCGUUGGCUCGCAGACGCAGGUGGCGGUUGAGAUGUGGUCCAAGCAGAUGGGCAUCAAGCUCAACCAUGUGCCGUAUGCAACGAAUCCGUCUGCAGACCUGAUGGGCGGCACCGUCAGCCUGCUGUUUGACCCGGCCACCACGGCGAUUCCGCUCAUCAAGGGCAACAAGGUGAAAGCGAUUGCGGUGUCCAGCGAACAGCGCCUUGCAGCACUGCCGAACGUACCCACCGCGUCAGAGUUCAUACCCGGCGCGGUAUCGACCGCAUGGCACGGCAUGUUCGUACCCAAAGGCACACCGCCUGCCGUGAUUGCAAAGGUCAAUGCCGAUGUGCUGAAGGUGCUGGCCAUGCCGGAUGUGCGCACCCGCAUCACCGACCUGGGCCUGCUGGUGGGCACCGGCAGCGCCGAGGACCUUAACGCCCGGGUGGUGGCCGAGCACGCAAGCUGGGGCCGCGAGAUUCGCAACCUGAACAUCAAGCUGCAGUAA